AACAUUGAGCAGUGUUGUACCGUGUUUCUCCAACAGUUGAAUGCGCUAACAGUUGACGGUUCAGACGACGCGGCGUUGCCGUCUCGCGUGGGACUACGAGGUCGUGCGCUCGAUUUUUGGAAAUGGACUCUGUAACCAGCAACGGUGGCGGGCAUCCGGAGUCGUGCUUCAUUUGAAAGGAGGCUGCCGAGGGCCGGACCGAGGACGCCAUGCUGAAGGAGCGGGAGAGCUCCGAGGGUUCCCCAGGCACUCCCGAUGAAUGCGCAGGCUGUGGGGGAAGGAUCCAAGACCGGUACUACCUCCUAGCGGUAGACCGGCAAUGGCAUGGCUCGUGUUUGAGAUGCUGCGAGUGUCGUCUCCCUCUGGACACUGAGCUCACCUGCUUCUCCAGGGAUGGGAACAUCUACUGCAAGGAGGAUUAUUACAGAUUGUUCUGUGUGAAGCGGUGCGCGCGGUGCGGCAAUGGGAUCACUGCCAACGAGCUGGUAAUGAGGGCUCGGGAGAUGGUCUACCAUCUGACCUGCUUCACCUGCGUCGCUUGCGGCACUCUGCUGUCCAAGGGCGACGUGUUCGGCAUGAGGGACGGCCUUGUGUACUGUCGGCCUCACUACGAUAGCGCCUGCCUCGACGAGUAUUGCGACGAAGAUGUCAACAGUGUUUACAGGUGUCAAGAAAUACACAGUGAAGGAGAUUCUCCGUCGCAAUUUUAUUCAGGAGGAACAAGUUCUAAAGGACGACCGAGGAAAAGAAAGAUUGCUCAAGGCUCCCCCGAAGACUUGCAGGUCCAAACCAUGAGGAUGGCCAGUACUGCCCUAGAGAUACUACAUCGCGGAGAUCUGUCAUCCUCCAUGGAGUCCCUUGCAUACGACUCUUCGGUAGCCUCUCCAGGCAGCGUCUCCAGUCACACUCAGCGCACCAAGCGCAUGCGCACCAGCUUCAAGCACCACCAACUGCGCACCAUGAAGUCCUACUUCGCAAUAAACCAAAACCCCGACGCGAAGGACUUGAAACAAUUGGCACAUAAAACCGGACUGUCCAAAAGGGUCUUACAGGUCUGGUUUCAAAAUGCCCGGGCGAAAUGGCGACGGAACAUCAUGCGGCAAGAGUCCAAUGGCAACCCUGGUCAUCCCGGGAACGGCGCCCUUUUGCCCGGCUCCGUGGCUGCCGGGGCGCCUAACGUGGGGCCCAGCCCUAUGCUGAUGAAUGAUGGCCUCCAACCGAUUGAAGAUAUGAGGAUUAACACGCCGCACCCGCACCCGAUGGUUUUCAAUGAACUAUACUGACAAUAUGACUCUGCUAAGGUCGAGGACUGAAACGAACACUUCAGGGGCCCUAUUGUUAAGCAAUCGAAGUUCGCUUCAUCAGUUUCCUCCAAUUUUUUCUGAAUGUCUAACGCUUUUUCUGCAUUUACAAAAAUCGCCGUCAAAAAGUACACGUACAUCGAAUUUUCAAACAUCGAAAAAUAUUUGAGUAAUCUAUAUGUAAUGUACUUCAAUUGCGUGAGAAUCCGGGCCCACGUCUAAUACAGGUGCUCGUACCUACUACCCAAGUUUAUGGUACGCCGUUCUGGACACCAAUUGUUAAUACUGUGAGCACCGGUAAAAUAUUUUUAGGUACCUACUACUCUAAGAGAUACAAAUGAAAUCACUUAGAUCAAACCAAGUAGUUACUAGUAAUAGUUUUUUUAUAUGAGGAACGCAUUUUAUUAUGUCUCUGAUAGCAACCGUCUGGUGCGAUUUGAAUAAGCGAGCAGAACGGGGUACUAUAAUAUAACUACUACGUCAAUAAUACCCAGUAUUUUCUGCAUCUUUUUCUAACUAAAAAUCCUAUAUAGGUUUUAUUUAAAAUACGAGUAAUUACUUAUAUGAUUAUGUAAUUUGUAAAUAUUUAGGUGUUAAUACAUGAACUUAAUGUAAACGUAAUAAUUCAUUCCUUGAGUAUAAAAUGUAAAAGUGAUACUAGUCAACAUUGCAUAAGGUAGUGUAAGGUGCGGUUUAAAAAAUUAGGCUAGACGACGGAAUUUUUAUUUUGUACUAUUUGAAGGAUUACACAUCAUGUCUUGUAUCUAGGGAGAUUAUGAAUGAAAUCUAAAUAACAUUUCCCGUUGUUCUUUAUAUUUGAAACCAGAGAGGACUUGCAAGUUUGACAACAUUGGGUUGGGACACUUCCCUAGUGAGGUGAUGAUAUGACAUUAAUUAUAAAAUAUGUAUAUUCAACAGAAAUAUUCAACUUUGAUAAUUGCAACGCUAUAGUAAACAAUUUUUGUCUUAAUUUAAAUAUCACGAUUAUUAUUUUUCCGUAAAAACUUACAUACAAACAUAUUUCAGUCAUGAAUGUUAUAAAAGUUAUUGUAACUGAUUAAACUGUUAUAAUAUAAAUAGGUAAUAAAUUCAGUGAGAGCAAUAUAACUUUAAAUGUGAUGUCAAGCUAAACCAUUCCUUUGAAAAUGAUAAUAUGUUAGCUUUAUGUAGUUAAAUUGCGUAUGGAGAUGACUUCUUCACAAUAAAAGUUAAAAAAUUGAGAUGUUUUUGAUGACGGGCGAAUGGAUUGAUGGCAUCAUCGUAAAAUAAUCCAGCUGCAAUAUUCCGUUGUUUAAUUUCUAUAAAUGCUAUUUUAAAUAAUUUAGUUGCAUAAAUACAAUUUACAUUGUUUUCACCUUGUCAUCUAGCUAGCUAAGAAUUAACUAACUAUAAAUCGAUUUGAACUCUGUGGCCAAAGUAUCCGAAAAUAGUAAAGUCUAUGUAGGAUAAAGAAAUAGAUUUAUUACACUCAUCGCGUCUGUAAAUUUCUUUUUUGCACAUGCGUAAAAGAAAAUCUCAGACAAAAUUAAAAUCUUCGUCUAAUCAGCUUAUCUUGAGCACGUACCUAUAUCAACGAAUAUUAGAUUUGUUAUUUAUAAUAUUGUAAAAAAGCAGAGCACUUCGCUAGUAAAGCGACACCCUCGACGUAACUAUCGAUCGAUACUGGCAUAUAGUACGGUGCUUCUAAAAUGCUUCGCUUUACUAUCUUGGUAUAUAAUCUACUAUUUUAUUCUAAACUAAGAUACUAUAUUUCACGCAACACAAUUUGCUUUCGACCAGGUAUCUGUCAGGGAAACUUACGUCCUACAGACACUAAAAUAUUUUACUACUAAUGUAAACAGUAAGUUGAUGUUAUAGAACAACGAAAAUAAAAUAUCAGGUUUGAUGUUGCAAAAUUCUUCUUGUGACAUUUUCAAAUGCAACGAACUUAUUGUCACUUUAUAAUCUUGCGAGAUGCUGAUAUCAAUCAACUGUGUAUACCACAUAAUGUUUAAUAGUAAUUACCUACGUAUAUAGGUACUACUUAGUGUAAUUCAUGUGAUUGAUUUCUAUUGAAUGUAAAUUUGCGCUUUAUUAGUAGUGUAAUUUGCAUUAUUUAAAUUAAGUAUAUUUAGAUCACAGAAAUGAGGCUAUCAUCAUAAUCGGCCAAUUUUAAAUACCUUAUGUAAUACUUAUCCGUACUUAUGGAUGGACAAGUACUUACAAAAUAAUAAAUAAAUAGCUUUGUAGAAUAGAUCGUAUUUAUACUUGAAAAUGAUUUAAUAUAUUAACAUUACACAGAAA